AUGGCGCCGCGUGCAGGUUUGAGUCACGCCACGGGUUCUCUGCGGGUCCACAUGAAGACGCGGGUGACGCGCCUGGUGCUGCUGAGCAUCUGGCUGGCCGUGCUGCUCUUCGCGCUGCUGCCCGUGGCCGGCGUGGGCCGCUACACGCUGCAGUGGCCCGGCACGUGGGGCUUCAUCAGCACCGGCGACGACGCCUUCGCCGGCAGCAUCUUCUUCGCCUCCACCUUCGCUUUCCUGGGGCUCUCCUCCCUCUUCGUCACCAUGGCCUGCAACCUGGCCACCAUCGAGGCGCUGGUGUCCCGCUGCCGCUCCAAGGCCACCGCCUCCCACUCCAGCAAGCAGUGGGGGCGGAUCGCGACGGAGACGCUCCUCCAGCUCCUGGGCAUCAUGUGCGUCCUCUCGGCGUGCUGGUCGCCGCUGCUGGUAGGUGUCCUGCUGUCGCCAACGCGGGGCCCCGCGCGGGCCGGGCUGGGCGUGCCGGGAGGGUCGCAGGAGCUCCGCGUUCCUGGGAAAACAGCACUGAGCAGUGGGAGCAGGAGGAGGAGGAGGCAGGAUCGGGAGAAGAAGGUCGUGGAGGGGGAGAAGGCCGGGCGUGGGGAGAUAACCAUGUUGAAAAUGAUCUUCAGCCACACGUCUUUUGAGCACUGCAACGGGUUCGGCAGCGCCGCGCAGGGCUCAGGCCUGCACAAGGAGUGCAAUUUCUUCCUGACAGCGGUGCGCUUGGCCUCGCUCAAUCAGAUACUGGAUCCGUGGGUUUACCUGCUGCUGCGGAAGAUUCUGCUCCAGAAGUUCUGCCAAGCAGCCAGCGCCGUCUCCAAGUGCUCCAACAACGAAUGGAAAGAGCGGUCGAUAACGUUAUCAGAGGAAAUCAGACGGACAACGGCGUGA